ACGAUAUCUGCCUAGGUAGGUACUGUAGCUAUCUCUGAGGAUAAUAACAACAUGUGUUCUUCUUAGCAUAAAUAUAAAUACUACUGUCCCCUCCUCCGAGCUGUCCAUCCCAUUCUUGCUUCUCCUCUCCUCCUCUCUCUACUCUAUCUAUCCACCAACCACCACAUCUCUUACACAUCAACACCCGUCACAAUGGUCAACGUUCCUACUAUCAAGCUAAACAGCGGCUUCGACAUGCCCCAGAUUGGCUUCGGCCUCUGGAAGGUUGACGACAACUGUGCUGAUGUUGUCUACGAGGCCAUCAAGGCUGGAUACCGUCUCCUCGACGGUGCUUGCGAUUACGGAAAUGAGAAGGCCUGCGGUGAGGGUGUCGCCCGCGCUAUCAAGGAUGGUAUCGUGAAGCGUGAGGACCUCUUCAUCGUCUCCAAGCUCUGGCAGACCUACCACGACAAGGAGAACGUCGAGCCCAUUACCCGCAAACAGCUCGCCGACUGGCAGAUCGACUACUUUGACCUCUUCCUCAUCCACUUCCCCGUCGCCCUCGAGUACGUCGACCCCAAGGUCCGCUACCCCCCUGGCUGGCACUACGACGACGCCGGCACCGAGAUCCGAUGGAGCAAGGCCACCAACGAGGAGACUUGGGGCGCCAUGGAGGGCCUCGUUGAGAAGGGUCUUGCCAAGUCCAUUGGCAUCUCCAACUUCCAGGCUCAGUCCAUCUACGAUCUCCUCAAGUACGCCAAGAUCCGACCUGCCACCCUCCAGGUCGAGCUUCACCCCUACCACCAGCAGACCGAGCUUGUCCGCCUCGCCAAGGCUGAGGGCAUUGCUCUGACUGCUUACUCCUCUUUCGGCCCUGCUGGCUUCAUGGAGCUUGAUAUGGACAUUGCCAAGUCUGCUUCUCCUCUCAUGCAGCACGAGGUCUUCACUGGCCUCGCCAGCAAGUACAACAAGACCGCCGCUCAGGUCCUCCUCCGAUGGGCCACACAGCAAGGUCUUGCUGUCAUCCCCAAGAGCACCACACCUGAGUACAUGGCCCAGAACUUCGACUGUGUCGGCUGGGAUAUUGAUGAGGAGGACAUGAAGCGCAUUGCCAGAAUGAACCUUAACCUCAAGUUCAACAAGCCCACCAACGUAAGUUUUCACUACCAUUUGAUUACCAAAGAUGAUACUGACCAUUCCUAGUACUUCCCUACUGAGAAGCUCUGGAUCUUCGCUUAAAUAAUGACAACGAAAUGAUAUGAUAGUAAAAGAAAGAAGCAUUGGAAACAUGAUUGUUUGGGAUAUUUGGCGUUACAUGACGAUGGGCUGCAUUUUGUAGAACCGCAAGGACUUGAUGAGACGCUCUCAUAGAAUACAAAAGACAGUUAACCCUUCAACAAGUUUGGUCACUUUUUGCAUGAUAUGAUUUUCGUUUUGGGAAAUGAUUGCUCCAUGAUAUGAUCAAGACUGAGCCCG